AUGCUUCCUCACCUCGAAUCGAUCCCUAUCGAUGUUCUGUCCCAGAUCGCUUUCUUCACUGUUGCUUCCACACCAUUCAACAACCUCGGCGCUGUUCUUCAGCUUCUUCUAUGUAGUCGCCGGAUGCACGAUGCCCUCUCCCUGAAAUCUUGUCCCCAGCUUUAUGCGCGGGUAUUUCGCACUAGAUUUGACCUAGUUGCUCAUCUCCGUCGCAGCAAACUAGCACCUCCUACGACUACGAAUCUGGCAUUGGAGUUACAGCGUCGAUGUACGGUACUUCAACGCAUCCGGCAACACCGUGUUACCGAUCACAAUACCCUUCCUGACCUCUGGACAAUCUAUUUAAUGCUGUUGGAGAGCGAUGGCAUGAACGAAUCUCAGCUUCAUUCUGCCGGCAUCGCGCAAUAUAUACGUAUCCUAUUGGAACCUUGCCUUGGCCAGCAAGGGGUUCUCCGCGAUGACACGGCUCGCGCAUUAGCUAUAUCUGUCGCAUGUUUGGUUUGGUCUCACAAGUUUAUUACCAAUCUGCCGGAGGAGGAACGCAGUCAGAUGCUUUCUGAACUAAGACCUUUCGUUCUUCUCAAUGUGAACAGUGGGACGAGAAGACGAUGUCCUUUAUCAUCCAACGGAUCGUACAACCGAGCACCAGAAGUGAUGUCCGGCACAUGUAUUGAACAUAAAUGCCGGGCGCUCGUAUCCUCACUCUACACUAGGGAAUACGCGCUAACGGCCCCUAAUCUUCUUUCCGCGUCAAUCUUCCUAACUUUUGCACUCAAGGAAGCAACUGCUCUCCAAGUGCCCAAGCAUUUACCACCAACUCAAGCGGUUGCGCGCCCCACGGAGCGCGAUGGUCCUACUAUAGAAGACUUCUUUGCCAUCACAAGAAGAAGGACACCACUUGUCGCUGAUUCGGGUCAUCAAAUCCCCUCCCGUGACUCCUUCGCGGAUCGUACGGGAAGGAAGAUGCGGGCAUCAAGAAGUCUCGUUCAUGAUGAAGAGUUCUAUCGUAUUGCCCGUCGACUGGGCUUCCCAGAUGACACUUGGGAUCUUCGGUCGUGCAUUGGGUUGCUGAGUGGAACUUGGGAAGGUACAUACAUGACAUCACCGUCAUCGUUCUGUCGAUGUCCUUCCCAGAAAUCGGAUCCCGCGGUUUCGCCUGAUUUCGUGUGCAGACAGCCUAUUCAAUGCCGGCUCGAGGAACAUCUGUGCUUUACCCCAUGCAUACCAUUACCCAGUGUUCCACGGAAUGGUGAUUUUGGAGAGUCAGCAUUCCAACAUUUGUUUAUGAAUGAUUCGAAUGAAUUCUCGGAAGCCACAGGAUCAUCAAAACAUCGAUAUGAACUUUUUCGCCCAACCGAUACCUCCGAGAGAUACAGGGACCCACGGCAGGCCCUGGAUGUCGUGAUUACUGGCGAAACUCCACGCAGGCUGGAAGCCACCUGGGGUGCAUUUAUCUUUUUCGGACGAAUUCGCUCGUCUGAUGGACUCGUCACUCUAACGAGAAAACCAAAAUACCCAGGUGACGAGGGACGUGGGACGUGGAUAUUUGAAGGUUACAUUCACAGCAGACGUUCCUUCGUCGGACGUUGGAGAUCUUUUGGUCUAUCUGAACGUGAGAGCUUGCGGGGCAUUUUCAGUUUGACAAAGGUGGAGCAUCCGCCUUCCCAUCUUUACUGUGGACUGUAG